AUGGGAAGGAAGCCAUGCUGUGCAAAAGAAGGUCUAAACAGGGGAGCAUGGUCUGCUAAGGAAGAUAACAUCCUUGUGAACUUCGUUAAAGUCCAUGGCGAAGGGAAAUGGAGAGACGUUCCUCAAAGAGCUGGGCUGAAGCGAUGUGGGAAGAGUUGCCGGUUGCGAUGGUUGAAUUAUCUAAGGCCAGAUAUCAGGAGAGGCAACAUUUCUUCGGAAGAAGAAGAGCUCAUUAUCAGACUACAUAAGCUCCUCGGUAACAGGUGGUCACUGAUCGCAGGCAGAUUACCGGGACGAACAGACAAUGAAAUUAAGAAUUACUGGAACACCAAGUUAAGAAAGAAGGUACAAGGUCAUGAUCACGACAAUAUUAACGAUUCUAGUAAACAAGAAGAUGGUACUGAAUUAAAAGACAAUAAGCUGGGAAAAACAUCUCAAUCAGUAAUUCGGCCAAAAGCAAUGAGGUGUGCAAAGGUUGUAAUGCCAUGGCCACUAAUUGAUAAUGGGAUGGUCAAUAAUCAUGAGCAUACGAUCCCUGGUGGAGAUAGUGAAAGCCCAUGCCGUUCAGCUCAAAGGGACAACAAUUCCUAUGGUUUUCUAAUGGAUUUUGAUGUCAAUGACCUUUUGAUCUCAGACGUUCUAUAUUCAGAUGGCCAUCAAGUUCAUAAAGACCAAAUAGUUGAAUGUGAGAACCUGGUGGAUGGAGGAGUACUUGAACCCUGCAAGAACAUGCCAAGUAGUAGUAGUGUUGAAGAUAUUGCAGUUUCUGGACAUGUCGAAGCCAAGGUUGAUGAUUCAUUAUUGGAUGUAGUGGCGGCUGAGAAUUGGAGAGAAAGUACGGACCACCCAGUUCAACCGAAUGCAGAUUCUUUGGAUCUUAAGACAUUGGCAGCUUUUCUUAAUUUAGAAGAUGAUCAUGAGUGGAUUAACUGA